CCUAAAACACGAUUUAGCAGCAAAUUGCACCGGACAAUAUCAUUUUCGUGCGUAAAUAAGUGGUUUUUGAAACUCAAAUUUCAAAAGUUUGUGAGUGUUUUUUGGCGUAAUUUAUGGACCCUCCAGGAAAAAUUUUCACUGAGAGUGCUUAAUUUGAAGUGAUCUUUAAGGUGACAACGGCCUGUAAGAGGCGGGACUUCGUUAAAACGUCAUCGUCAGCUGUUCGAUACCAAUAUGGAGUUUUGAUUACAUUAGUGUUUGUGUAUGAUGUUUAUUGACGAUUUCGUAACUCCUUUCGCGUAGCAAGAAUACAAGGCUAUCGAAACCAAAUUUCCAGUAUUGUCUCUCUGCUUUUGUGUUUGUUCCAUAUUUUGUGACUUUUGUGCGAAUAACUGAACUCAUGAGUAGCCCAAGUGCAGCAGACAGCAAUGGGCCCAAAAGCUACUUUGUUAACUUCAACCAAGAUAGCACAUCACUAGUGGUUGGAGGUCAAUUUGGCUACAGAGUACUUAGCCUUGAGUCGGUGGACUUUUUGUCUGAAAUUUACAACAAUGCCACUGAACAUUCCUGUAUCGUGGAGCGAUUAUUCAGCAGUAGUUUGAUUGCUGUUGUAUCACUAAGUUUUCCUCGAAAACUCAAGAUAACUCAUUAUAAGAAAGGGACUGAAAUUUGCAACUAUUCGUACACUAACACCAUUUUGGGUGUUAAACUUAACAGAGCUCGAGUGGUAGUAUGUCUUGAGGAGAGUCUUUAUCUGCACAAUAUCAGAGACAUGAAAGUGCUCCACACGAUACGAGACACACCACCAAAUCCUCGAGGAUUGUGCGCUCUUAGUUCGAAUAGUGAAAAUUGUUACCUAGCUUAUCCUGGGUCAUCUUCCGUUGGCGAAGUGCAAGUCUUUGACGCUAUGAAUCUGACCGCAAAAAUAAUGAUUCAUGCCCAUGAUAGUGCUCUUGCGGCUCUGGCUUUUGCUCCCAGCGGGCUCUCGAUAGGAACCGCAUCAGAACGGGGUACCGUUAUUAGAGUAUUUUCGGUAUCCGACGGAUCCAAGUUGUUUGAAUUCCGUCGCGGAGUCAAGAGAUGUGUAAAUAUAUCUUGUCUUUCGUUCAGUAUGUGCGGACACUUCUUGUUGUGCAGUAGUAAUACUGAGACUGUUCACAUCUUUAAAUUAGAAGAAGCGAGCAAAGAGAGUAAAAAAACUAUAGACGAGGGAACAUGGAUGGGCAUGCUUUCCUCAUACUUACCUAGUUCUGUAACUGAUACAUUGUCUACAUUGAACCAGGAUAGAGCUUAUGCUACUGCAACCUUGCCGUGUGCCGGCGUGAAAAACGUGAUUUCAUUAGUUUACAUUGGCGAUGGCUUGAGACUUUUAGUAGCCACAGAAAACGGGUUUUUGUACAUAUUCAACUUUGACGCCAACGUAGGUGGUGAGUUGCAAUUGUACAAAACGCAUCAACUGGACGACCUCAACGGAGAUCAAUCGGACGGAGGCCAGAAGGUCGCCUCCGGUGAUAAAGCUGGAUCAGGCCUUCUAGGUAGCUACGCUGGCAUCGUGAAAGGGAACUCCCCGGGCGAAAUGUCAGGUACUGAAUCUGAAAAGGUCCGAGAAAUGGAACGAGCGGCUGAGGCUCCGCCCCAGGAUGCUUUCCACUUCACCGACGACCAGGAGUAUCCCCCUCUCACCCAAAAUAGCGACUUGAAUUAGUGUGUGUAUCGAACCUCAAUGCAUAUAAAUGCCUUUUUAUGUAACGGUAAUUUGCCUUAUUUGUAGGUACUUGAUUGACAGGCCAAUGUUUCAAUUUAACUUUUUUUCUUAUUAGGCUCAAUUUUGACUCAAAUUUGUCAAACUUGUGGUUGAUUAAUCUUUAAAACCCUUAGUUUGGAAACAUUCGUUUGAAGUGUGUAGGAUUAGUAUAGACAAAUAUGUCUGUCAGGAAAAAUGCGUAUUUUAUAAGUAAACUUUAUACUCAGUAACUAUUUUGUAUGAAGGUUCUCCAACUCUCAUUCAACUUUAGUUUGGGUUAGUAAAAUAAUUCAAAUUUAGUCAUUAUAAAUAAUUGCCAAUGUGUGAAUUGCUUUAUACAUAAAAAAGUAUAAAAACAGUUUUCAGAAAAAAAUAUAUGGCCAUACAUAUCAAAUGGUAAAAUAAUGAGAAUUGUAAAGAAAAUGAAAUUGUUAGACAAGGCAAAUAUGUUAAAAUUGUGCGAGUACGUACGUUCUUUUGAAGCUACAAAAAAUAUGUCUGUCAUAAGGUGAACAAUGCACGCUUGACUUUCUCUUAAGGUAUUUUUUAGCGACUUUAUAACUUUAAUAGGAUUUACAAUCAAUAAAUAUAAUCGUGUUUUUAUUUGUACAAUUAAACAGUUGAAAAGCCA